AUGGCGCCUCCUCUUCCUCUGAUCUUUCUGCUCAUGACUGUCGGAGUUUUUGGAACAGAGUGGAGUGUGAAGUACAACCAACAGGAAAUAUGUGCUUUAAAAGGAUCCACAGUGUUUAUGAAUGGAACUUAUACUCACCCAGAAGGUCUCACAGUGACAAAGACUUUUUGGACUAUAGACCCAGAUAAUGUUCAUGAUCUGAGUAAAGACCCAGAUUAUUCAGGCAGAGUCGAGUAUUUCACUGAUGAACAGAAACACUUCUCCCUCAAACUGAGUGAUGUAAUGAAGAAGGAUGAACAUCAGUUCUGCUUCAGAAUCAGAAAAAAUGAAGAAAAAGAAAAAUGGACAGGUUGUCCUGGAGUUCAGCUCAGAGUUACAGAGCUCCAUGUAGAAACUCCUGAAGAAGUGACAGAGGGAGAAACAGCAGAUAUGACAUGUAAAACCACCUGCAGUCUGACUGACCCAACAUUCAUCUGGUACAAAAAUGGACAUCCUUUAACCACAAAGAGCAUCAAGAACAACCAGCUCCACCUGCAGACAGUCAGCAGAUCUGGACAGAGUUACAGCAUCAUACAGACCACACUGGACUGUACUAUUGUGAAGCUCAGAAUGGAGUUCAGAAUGGACCUGUGA